AUGAAGAAUAUUUUCCUGCUACCCAAGGUUGCAGGAAACUCCUGCUGCUAUUAUGUGGCAGAGUUUGAUAGGCUAAUGGUUUUUGAUGGAGUUAUCAAUUUUUUCUCACCUGUUUAUUUAAAGCUUGAGGAAAAAAAUCAACUAAAACGUGUUCCGAUAUCAAGUGAUUGCCCGCGGUGCAAUGGUGGUGAGGAAUCUAUCCUUCACUGUCUAAAAGACUGCCAAGAGGUUAGAGGUCUCUGGCUCAUCUCCCCCUUAAGCUUGCGUGUGGACAGGUUUGAUUGUCAAACAGCUGAGGAAUGGAUUCGGCUGAUGUUUAACUCGCUGAAGACGGAUGAAAUGCAGAUGUUUGUGUUGUGUCUUUGGACCAUUUGGAAUGAUAGAAACAGCUUGGUUUUUGGGAACAAAAGACUUCAUCCAACUCAACUGUUUAAAGGCAUCCAGAAUAUGAGUGUGGCAGAUGCUUCCCUAAUGCAGCAUGGUGAUGUUAGAGGGAAUCAAUCGACAGCAACUUGGGUUCCUCCCCCAGACCAGGUCCUUAAAACAAACUCAGAUGCAGCUGUUUCAGUGUCUCGUCAACUUUCGGUGGCGUCGGCGGUUUGUCGUGACUCAACCGGAGCCGUUCUGCGUUGUGGAGUCUCUAUUCUGCAUGGUGUUCUGAGUGCAGAAAUUGCUGAAUCUUAUGCUAUCAGAUUUGGCAUUUGGCUUGCUGCUCCCCUUGGCUUCUCCAAACACAUUAUCGAGUCUGAUGCGGCUACUGUUAUCGGUCGGCUCUUGAAAGGGGUUGAUAAUGACGUUAUGGAUAACGUCCAGCUUAUAAUCGAAGACUGCCUCGCCGAUUGUAAUGGUCGGGAUAUUAAUUUCAAGCAUACUCCUAGAGCGGGAAAUCAAGUGGCUCAUUCUCUAGCGAAGUGGGGCGUGUUUUUUGGUAAAGAUUGUACUUUUGACGGAAAUAUUCCUUUUCCGGUUAGCGAACUUGUUAAUCAUGGUUCUUAA